GCGGCGGCGGCGGCGGCGGCGGAUCGGUUUAGCCUCCCGAUUGUCCUUAGAUCCCGAGCUACAGAGCUGAGCGUCGUUGACCAUAGCGGCGGCGGAUCGGAUCAGCCUCCUGAUUGUCUUAGAUCCUGAGCUACGGAGCUGAGCAGAGCAGCCUGCCCAGCGUGCCAUCUGCCCACAAGUGAAAUGAUACCGCCCACUGAGGUUUAGAAGGCUAGCGUCUGUGCGGAGUGAUGCCUUUGAAGUGCCUUCUUGCCCAGGUGCACACAGCUUCCCUUAGGCUCUCGCUGUGUAGGCCAGCCUAGUCUCUCCAACACCAUCCUUCAGUGUUUGGAAUGAGUGGAAUCCUGAGCUUUCUCAAGCUAAUGAGCUGGGGGCUAGUGAGACAGUCAGCUCUUCCGUGAAGCUCGGCUGCAGGUCAUUGAAUUCCCUGGAGCUUCCCAAGGCAAGAGAGUGGAGAGCAGCCAAACACCUUCAGCCCUCAGCAUGCCAGCACUGUCAACCGGAUCUGCUGGAGAAAUGGGUCUGUAUGAGCUGUUGGCUGCUCUGCCCGCCCAGCUACAGCCACAUGUGAAUAGCCAGGAGGACCUGACCUUCCUCUGGGACAUGUUUGGUGAAAAGAGCCUGCAUUCACUGGUCAAGAUUCAUGAAAAACUUCACUACUAUGAGAAGCAGAGUCCAGUGCCCGUUCUCCAUGGGGCAGCAGCCUUGGCUGAUGAUCUGUCUGAAGAGCUACAGAACAAGCCACUAAGCAGUGAGAUGAAAGAGCUGCUGAAACUGCUGUCAAAACCCAAUGUGAAGGCAUUGCUUUCAGUACAUGAUACUGUGGCUCAAAAGAGUUAUGAUCCUGUAUUGCCUCCUAUGCCUGAUGAUAUCGAUGAUGAAGAAGACUCUGUGAAAAUAAUCCGCCUGGUCAAGAACAGAGAACCCCUGGGUGCAACCAUUAAGAAAGAUGAACAGACGGGGGCAAUCAUCGUGGCCCGGAUCAUGCGGGGAGGAGCUGCAGAUAGAAGUGGUCUUAUUCACGUGGGUGACGAGCUGAGGGAAGUGAAUGGGAUCCCAGUAGAAGACAAGAGGCCCGAGGAAAUAAUACAGAUUUUGAGUCAGUCCCAGGGAGCAAUUACAUUUAAGAUAAUACCCAGCACCAAAGAAGAGAUAGCUUCCAAGGAAGGCAAGAUGUUUAUCAAAGCCCUUUUUGACUAUGAUCCAAAGGAGGACAAAGCGAUCCCAUGUAAGGAGGCAGGGCUGUCUUUCCAAAUGGGAGACAUUCUUCAGAUUCUGAGCCAAGAUGAUGCUACUUGGUGGCAGGCGAAGCACGAAGGUGAUGCCAACCCCAGAGCUGGCCUGAUUCCCUCCAAGCACUUCCAAGAACGGAGACUGGCGCUGAGAAGACCAGAAAUAAUAGUCCAGCCUCUGAAACUUUCCAACAGGAAAUCAUCUGGUUUUAGAAGAAGUUUCCGUCUUAGCAGAAAAGAUAAGAAAACUAACAAGUCUAUGUAUGAGUGCAGAAAGAGUGACCAGUACGACACAGCGGACGUGCCCACCUAUGAAGAAGUGACACCAUAUCAGCGGCAGGCUCAUGAGAAAUACAGGCUUGUAGUCCUGGUCGGUCCUGUCGGAGUUGGGCUGAACGAGCUGAAGCGGAAGCUGUUAAUGAGUGACACACAACACUAUGGUGUGACAGUGCCCCAUACCACUAGAGCAAGACGAAGCCAAGAAAGUGAUGGUGUGGAAUAUAUUUUUAUUUCUAAGCAUUUGUUUGAGACAGAUGUACAAAAUAACAAGUUCAUUGAAUAUGGCGAAUAUAAAAACAACUACUAUGGCACAAGUAUAGACUCAGUUCGCUCUGUCCUAGCUAAGAACAAAGUUUGUCUGCUGGAUGUCCAGCCUCAUACAGUGAAGCACUUAAGGACACUGGAGUUCAAACCCUAUGUGAUAUUUAUAAAACCUCCAUCAAUAGAACGUUUGAGAGAGACAAGAAAAAAUGCAAAGAUUAUUUCAAGCAGAGAUGACCAAGGAACAGCAAAACCCUUCACAGAAGAAGACUUUCAAGAAAUGAUUAAAUCAGCACAAAUAAUGGAAAGUCAAUAUGGCCAUCUUUUUGACAAAAUUAUAAUUAAUGAUGAUCUCACUAUGGCAUUUAAUGAGCUAAAAACAACAUUUGACAAACUAGAGACUGAUACCCAUUGGGUCCCCGUGAGCUGGUUACAUUCAUAACUCAAGAAAAUUUCCUUAAUUGUGUUUUUUACAGAGUGCAUCAUUAGGUCAGCUACCAUGUUUUUGGUAGGAUUUUCUUAAAUAUCGAUCACUGUCAUAGAUGUAAAGUCUUCAUAAAAUUUCAGUUUGAAUUUGAAUCAUAUGACUGCACAAUCUAAAAGUCAAAAUCUGCACAGUGUAAAACUCUGAAUUCCCUGAUUGCCUUUAAUUCUGUCUCUGUUGUGAGAGGCAGUGUGUAUCAGAGUUCAUGCCCCACCUAUACUUGCUGCCCUUCACUUUGCAUGCUUGCAGUUGACAGCAUGGACUUAGCCAUCUUGGGCAGCUCCACAUGUUUGACUGAGCUGGAAAUAAGACCCCAUCCUAUUACUGCUCCUGUGCAGAGAGUAUGUUCUUUGUGUGUGUUUUGUUGUUAAGGAAGUAGCUCACAUAUUAUAGCUUAGGAAAUCCUUUGGAGUACAUAUAGAGGCUGCAAAUAUUCUAUAAGGGUAAAGUGGAUUCUUUUUUUUUAAGUUGAGGGUCUUACUAUGCUCUGUACACUGGCCUUGAACUCAGCCCUCCUUUGCCUCAACCUCCCAAGUAUGGGUACAUGCCACUGUAACAGGUUUGGAAAUAGAUUUAAGUAAUAUUAUAGAUGUAGACCAAAACCCUUCCUUGUGGUUUAGUAAGGAUAAUUAUUUAAGGGCAAGCAAUUAUCACAAAGCAACUCCUGUUUUAACCUGUUACUUUUCAGAAGACAUUUCUGGAGUCAAAAUAUUUUAUUCUCUUUGUUUGGAAGUUCUCAGCAAAUUAUAAGAAUUAGAUAAGUAUUCUAAACAUAUAACACACAUGUUAGAGUACAUACAGUUAAGGAAAAAGUGAUAAUGUUUCCGUACUGUGCAAUCACUACAUGUUUAAAUUGUGCUAUGGUGUGUUCUAGAAACCUUAUAUUGUGUUAACUUUCUUUUGACCAAAAUGAUUAUUAACAUUGGCCAGAUUUCAUCUCAACCUAUUCUGAAAGAAGAUGGAUUUUUUAAAUGUUUAGAUGACAUUGCUCCUUUUCUUUGAUGCUAUAGGUCUCCAGCAAGUGAAUAAUUUAUCAUAUUACAAAUGUCCCACAGUUCAGAGAGCUCCUGCCAUUCCUGUGAGAACUGUGAUUCAGCCAGUAGAAAAACCAUCACAUUUAUGACUUUAAUACAAAAAUAUUUUUGUUGCUUUGAAGAGAGUUUAAAUGUCAUGCUUAAAGAAAAAUAAAAUAUAGGGAAAUUUUAUAUAUUUGUGAGAUAUUUGAAAGGCAUAUUUUUAGUUAUCAAAUAGGGUUAUUCAUAAAAUAAAUUGUAUAUAAAGAUAUAAUUUAAAGUAGUAGUUUUAUAAGCAAGGUCAACAUUCCAUGUAAAUAUUUGACCUUUUUGCAGGUAGAUUCCACAUGUUGCAUAUUCACUGUCAUGUGAUAGUGUCCUUGCUAACUUUCCUUAUGACAUGUCGAAUUACUGUGAGAAGCAGACACAGAAGUUACAUUCAGUCCUACAGCCAGAUCAUUGGACUAAUGAACAUAGUCUAUGAAAGUUCUGUGUUUAUUAAUUAAGCCAUAAGCCAUGCAGUUUAAAUACAGAUAGGAUGGCUAGCAGAUUCCUGUUCUGAAGUCAGUGACCUGUGUGGCCUGCCUAGAAGCACAAGUCUUAAAGAAUUGGUUUGUGUGGAAUAUUGGGGAAUGCCUACACUUCUCAUAAAGCAAGUUUCUGUACCAAGAAUGAUGAGGAAUGUAUACCAGCAUAGGGCAUUCUGUGGAUACUAUAGGUAGCCCAGUUUCCUUACUCCAAGAUAUCUUUGUUGAUUUUUUUCUUUCUUUUUGGGAUUGUUGUCUCCAUUUUUGUGGAUACUAUAGGUAGCCCAGUUUCCUUACUCCAAGAUAUCUUUGUUGAUUUUUUUCUUUCUUUUUGGGAUUGUUGUCUCCAUUUUUCAUCUUAGGGUAGAACUUGCAUAGUGUGGUGGAAAUUUUGAAUCCUUAUAAGUAGUAUAGGUGAUGGAUGGAAUGUUAUGAAAAUAUAAAUGUCUAUACAUUUUAGAUCAGAGCUAAACAACAUUUUUUUAAAUGAUGAAAAUAAAAGCAGUUUAAGAAAUCGGGUGGCAUGUAGGCUUACCUGUGCUUCGAUGCUUACAAAGAGAUUGAAUGUAAUAAGCCAGGCCAACAAAGGGCUGUGGAUCCCUGUAGUAAGAGGCAACCUCUCUCUGCUCGCUGUCCUCAGCACUCCUACCACCAAGAAGAACUCUCUGAGCUCUCAGCAGCCUGUUCCUGGGAUGGCAUGGCAGCCACUAUUAGAGAAGAAACAACUGUUUCAGUGUUUGUACAAUUAAAAUUGAACUUUGCGUGUAAUGCUGUUCUCCUUGUCCACCUCCCAGUUAGAGUGGUCUAAAUGUAAAGAGAUAAAAUUGAAACAAUAAUCAUGGUUUCCCUGAGUAAUGUGGAAACUUGGCAUCUAUAAGGCUGGCAUUCCUGGUACUAUAUAAUCAUUGGGUGUACCUAAACUGUAGUAAUUUAAAAUGAACAAACAUGUAAAUUCAGAUUACAAAACUAUGGAGUCAAAAUGUCCCUAAAGAUGAAGAUUUUUAUUUAUUUUCCUUUGGGCCCAUGAUGAAUUUAUUAAUAAAUGUAAUGGAAAGUUUUUUAGUCUUAAUAAAAUAUCUUCAAGCAAUAUA